AUGCCCGGCGUUCUGGUCAAUCCCGAUGGCGAUGAGCCUGGAGGCGAGAAGCGCCACGAUACUCCUAGUGCCCCGAUCGAGCACCCUGUCCUCAACGAUGCCCUCAAGUUCGAGAAGCAGACCCUCGAGCGCAUCAACAAGGACUCAAAGUCCCGGUUCAUGCUUCCGCCCAUCAACCACCCGGGCGAAGGCGAUUUCCCGUCCCGGUCAACGACUUCGUCUGCGGGUUCGCUGGGCGCCGGCUCAUCCAACCCUCUUCUCCCCUCCCACUCGCAACUCAUGUCGCUGUCCUCGGUCGGUGCUUUAUCGGGCCCGUCCUCGGUGCUGGGGCACGGUGGAUUCUAUCCGCAGUCCCCGGGCUCGGGCUCCAGCAGCCUGGCAGUGAGCACGCUGUCGUCGUCGUCCUCGGGAGUCAGUGGCAAUCCCAAGGAGAGUUCAGCCAUGGGCUCGGCCCUUGGAAUCAAGUCGACGAGUGUGGCCCCGCUCUUUGCGGAGAGCGACGAGCGAUAUCACAAACGUGGGUCGCUGUCCAAGAUCAGGAUCGACGACGACCUCAGCCAUCGCUUGAGCCUGUCGACUCCGCCGUAUUCUGUCUGUGUCCCGGCCCUGGACAAGUCCAGAAGCUCCGGCAUAGCAGCCACCGGCACUGGUAACAGCUGCACCGCCGGGACUGGGAGUGGUGCCGGCACCGGUGCAGGCGCUUCCUCGUCCUCCUCCACCGCCAUCGGCAACGCCAGCGUGGUUCCUCUGCCGGACGGAUGGCAGGAGGCUUGUACCAAAGACGGCCGGCCGUAUUUCAUCGAUCACAACACGCGGACAACCACUUGGUCAGAUCCACGAACGCUUACCUCGACGACCAAAUAUCGGGUCAAGGAUCAACAAGGCAACAUCCAGGAGAUGGUUCUCCCGCCCAAGCACCAGAAGGGCGAGCUUUCAAAGUCCCAAUCCACGCUGAUUCGCAAGUCCGAUCCGGAUGAGGAGUUCUCACACGCUGGCAGCCAGCCCAACCGAUCUUACUUCUUUGAGGAUCCACGGAAAAAGGCCGAGGAGCGGAUUCGCAAGAAACUGCGGGAGAUGAAGGACUCGGACGCGAAAGCCAAGUGAAUCGACCCUCGGCGGCAGCAGAUCCCGGCAUGUGUCGUCGCCUCUGUCGACGCAUCCCCGCACCAGGGUUGCUCAUGCCGAUGCAUGGUCAGGAUUGUCGCCCCGGACUCGUGUGUUCUUCUUUCCUCCCCCCUGAGGCUGCUC